AUGGGCAUCCUGAUACUAUCUUUGGGUACAAUAUCCAUUCUAGUGUCUGUUUCCUUUCUCGUAUGCCUUUGGCAAGGCGCGAUGGCAGCAGAGACCAGCGAGACUAACCGUGGCCGGCUGUGGAAUUUGAUCGUGUUCUCCGACUGGACUUCGAGAGCUAUCACUGUCUCCUCUGCUAUUAUUCGAGUGAUGCUAUCACUUCAGAUGGGUGUAUUUACAGCGAUGACAGCCUCACUCAUGUUAGAAAGGACUGGGGUUCCUUUAACAUCUGCACCUGCAGUCUCUUUGCUAAGAGCAAUAUCUGCGUCACCUUACAACCUCGUCACCUUUACCAGCUUCAAUCUUCCUUGGCGAACGAGUGGGGUUUACUCUGCCGCUGUUGGAGUCUCAGUACUUUUGACAGCUAUUUCACAAUUUACGUCAACUAUCCUCCUUUCCGAUCUCGGGAACGUUAAUAUUACCUCUCCUCGGCAAUCCGUCAGUAUGAAUUACCUCAACAAGGACAGCGAGGGAGUCAAAGGUAGUUGGGGUGGCUCGAAGGUCUGGCACUCAGCUCCUGGAACAUACUUCCGGUUUGCUGAACACCCAAGAAUAUCUACUCCAGCUCAGGAAGCAGACGACUUUGAAGAUACAGGGAGACUCUUGCGUGCUUUUCUUCCCUUCGUGAAUGAAGAGAGUCGCAUGAGAUUGCGAAAUUAUGACGGUCCGGCCACUGUCGUAGAUUCUAGGGUCGUCUGUCACAGACCUUUGCUCAGCAACGUCACCUUUUCCUAUUCCAGCAAGUCUUUCGAUGAUAACGACUACCUCAGCGACGUUUUCAUCCGCGGUAAUCUGACUUUCAAUGUCGAUGGCAACGAUCAGAGCUCUCCCUUGGAAUAUUUUGAUGGCGGUCCAUGGAGUUUCAACUGUGUCGCCCCCACUAAACACAAUAACACCGCUCUCAACUGGCAGGCAUCCAUCUGUUCCGUAAAUGGGGGAGCUCUAGCUCUAGGAGGUAUCAUGUCUACUCCGAGACUGAUCCCUGGCGUCAUCUUACAAUUGACGAACCUUUUCUUGGUGUUCAACAGCACCGGGGUCGGAGAUGACUGGCGGAAGAGCGUACAGGAGCAUGGCGUAGAGAACCCAAACACACAUUUGUGGGAUUCUACUGUCGAUCAACUAGGGCUGGACUCAUCCUCAGAGGGAGUAUGGACACGUUUUGACUCAGCAGACGACACCAUUGGCAUGACUACCAGCGCGUGUUUCUCCAAUUUCGGAGCCUCCAUCGAAGAAGUUAAAAUGUUCAGCACGACCAACGGAAUACCACGCAGCGUAGCUUGGGAUCGCCGCGCCAGCCAAUACAACACCGACGGUGUUAGGAUUCAAUAUCACAGCGUCGAUGACAAAAUCAUGUCUCAUGAAGAGCGCGGCAUUCUUCGUCUCGAAUGGAAGGACACAUGGGAUUUCAAUCCAGUUACGAGCAAUGGCUCGGUCGACACUUUGGCAGUCACAGGGUUCUUUGCUGUUGCCAGUGACCUGCCCUUCGUCGUCCGCGGGCCGCUCAACAUCACUGAUGAAUUAAACCCCUGCGGAACAUUGCAAGUAGGGGGUUAUUCCACCCGCGCUGUACACUACGCUCAUGCAUCCCUGUUCCAAAAUGUCAUUUGA